UUCUUUUUCUUUUUCUUUUUUUUGUUUCUCUUGCCCGCCAAUCACCACCUACCACAUGUGUGUGGGGGUGAUGGAGGUGGUGAUUGGAGGGGAUUUCCAUCCCUCCUCAUUCAAGAAAUACAAAACUUCCAUAAUUAUUUUAUGAAAAAAUUUUCAUAGUACUAGCAUUGCUGAUAAAUUAUUUGGGAUUCAUAACCGUUUCUAUUAAUUAAUGGUAAUUAUUUGGGAUUCAUAACCGUUUCUUUUAAUUAAUGGGCAUUGAUGAAGGUAUAUAUAUGUUGACGUGUGUCUGGAAACUUUUCCAGAACUUCCUUGAGACGUAGCAUUUCUCUUUACUAGUGAGUGUCAUCUCUCUCUCUCUCUCUCUCUCUCUCUAACUGGUUUCGAAGGGGAGAGGACGAACGAGCAAGACCAUGGUUUCCACAAGAAGAAGUGGAUCUCUCAACGAAAACAACACCAAGCGGUCGUCGCCGUCGCCGGAAGACAAGCCUCCGCGGCCAAAACAACAAAAGGUUGACAAUGGCUUUGCAUCAGAUAAAUCGACUCCGGCUGAGAAUUCCAAGCAAUUGUGCACCACUCCGGUGGUAAUUCCACCGGAACGUGGCUCUGUUGAUCCUCCGACCGCCGGAGGUGGUGGCGGAGAAGCUCCGAGUUCCGGGAAAGUGGAUUCAACUCAAGCGGUUGCUCAAGGGUCUUGGCCAAUUGUGGCGGAUAAACCGAAGAUUUCUUUAUCUUCACGGAGUGCUCAUCAGAAGAAGAGGCCGAGUUUUGAUUCUACAACCCCAUGGUGCAGGCUUUUGUCGCAGUACGCACAGAAUUCGAAUGUUCCAAUUUGCACAUCAAAAUUUUUAAUCGGUUCAAGCAGAUUCAAUGAUCUUGUAUUGAAGGACCAGACCGUUAGUGCAAAUUUGUGUGUGAUCAAGCAGGCAAAGUACGCAGACACUUUUGUUGCUAUGCUCGAAAGCAGGGGGAUGAAGGGAUCUGUGCAAGUAAAUGGGAAGAUUAUUAAGAGGGGUAACAUCUGUGUCGUCAAUUCUGGUGAUGAGGUGGUUUUUGGUCGUUUGGCGAACCAUGCUUAUAUUUUUCAGCUACUAGUGACUGAUAUUGUUAUCAAGACCCCCUCAUCAGCUGGUGGUGCAGAGGUUCAGACUACUGUAGGUAGAUUAUUACAUAUCGAAAGGAGGGUAGAGGAUCCUUCAAUUAUGACGGGGGCUUCAAUUUUGGCAUCUCUUUCAAGCCUGCGGCAAGACUUGUCGCGUUUGAAGCCUACUGCUCAGGCCAGUGGUAAAACACAUCAAGGGACUAAGAUGCCCCCUCAUCAUAUUGUUCACGACAGUAUGGAGAUUGAUCUUGAUGGUCUGGACGCCAAUUCGGAAACAAAUAUUGGGAGUGAUAAAGCUGGUGACAUUGGAGAGACUAGCAAGAUCCUUUCUCUUGAUGCCAACCCAGACUCUAGUAUAGCGGCUGGGAAUGGUCUGAGAUAUACCAGGAGAUGUUGGCAAAGGCACUUGCCAGAUACUUUGGGGCUAAAUUGCUUAUUUUUGAUAGACAUUCAAUUCUGGGUGGUUUAUCGAAGGAAGCAGAGUUACGGAAAGAGGGAUAUAAUGCAGAUAAAUCCUGCAACAUUAACAAGCCAAGUGUUGGAGCCACUGAGCUCGCUAAGGGCAUGGGUCCUUCAGCAACUGAGGUAGAUACGCCCAUCUUGUCAAAUGUUCCUUCUUGUGGCCUGGAGUCCCAACCAAAAAUGGAGAAUAACACUGUACCCUCUUCUUUUGGGACAUCUAAGAGUCCUUUGUUUAAAACAGGUGAUAGAGUGAGAUUCGUCGGUUCUUCUUCUGGAAGCUUAUAUUCAACAUCAUCUCCAUCAAGGGGGCGGCCACCUUUUGGAAUUCAAGGAAAGGUUCUACUACCUUUUGAAGAUAAUCCUUGGUCCAAAAUUGGUGUAAGAUUUGAUAAACCCAUACCUGAUGGGGUUGACCUUGGGGCCCUAUGUGAGGGAGGUCAUGGAUUCUUUUGCAAUGGUAAUGAUCUUCGUCUGGAAACGACAGGGGUGGAAGAUUUGGACAAGUUACUCAUUAACAUGUUAUUUGAGACUGUGUUUAGUGAGAGCAGAAGUUCUCCGUUUAUUUUGUUUGUGAAAGACACCGAGAAGUCCAUUGUAGGAAAUUCAGAAUUAUUUGCAACAUUUAAAAGCAAACUUGAGAAACUCCCUGAUAACACCGUCAUUAUUGGUUCACACACUCAGACUGACAUUAGUAAGGAAAAGUCACACCCUGGUGGUUUGCUUUUUACAAAAUUUGGCAGCAACCAAACUGCUCUUCUUGACUUUGCUUCCCCGGAUAGUUUUGGGAGACUGCAUGAGAAGGGGAAGGCGGUUCCCAAGGAAACAAAGCUGACAAAACUUUUCCCCAAUAAAGUAACCAUUCACAUGCCACAGGAUGAGGGACUUCUUGUGAGCUGGAAGCAUCAAUUGGAUAGAGAUGCUGAGACUCUUAAAAUGAAGGGAAAUCUGAAUCAUCUGUGUACGGUCCUGAAUCGGAUUGGGUUGGAAUGUGAUGGAUUUGAGACAUUGUCCAUCAAGAACCAAACACUUACAAAUGAAAGUGCAGAGAAGGCAAUUGGGUGGGCUUUGAGCCACCAUUUAAUGCAGAACCCCAAAGCUGAUGCUGAUGGAAGGCUUGUUUUGUCUAGUGAGAGCAUCCAGUAUGGGAUUGGAAUUUUACAGGCUAUCCAGAAUGAAUCCAAGAGCUUGAAGAAGUCGCUAAAGGAUGUCGUGACAGAAAAUGAAUUUGAGAAAAGGCUUUUAGCUGAUGUUAUUCCACCCAGUGACAUUGGACUGACUUUUGAUGAUAUCGGAGCUCUUGAAAAUGUCAAGGAUACACUAAAGGAGUUGGUGAUGCUCCCUUUACAGAGGCCUGAGCUUUUUUGCAAGGGUCAAUUAACAAAGCCAUGCAAGGGUAUUCUUUUAUUUGGGCCCCCUGGAACUGGAAAGACAAUGCUUGCAAAGGCUGUGGCCACUGAAGCUGCUGCAAACUUCAUCAAUAUUUCUAUGUCAAGCAUCACAUCUAAGUGGUUUGGCGAGGGUGAAAAAUAUGUGAAAGCUGUCUUCUCACUAGCUAGUAAAAUUGCCCCUAGUGUUGUAUUUGUUGACGAAGUUGAUAGCAUGUUGGGCCUGAGCGAAAAUCCAGGGGAACAUGAGGCCAUGCGUAAGAUGAAAAAUGAAUUUAUGAUGAACUGGGAUGGCUUGCGAACAAAAGAUACAGAACGAGUUCUGGUACUUGCAGCUACAAACAGGCCAUUUGAUCUUGAUGAGGCUGUUAUCCGAAGGCUGCCGCGUAGAUUGAUGGUCAACCUGCCGGAUGCUCCAAAUAGAGGAAAGAUAUUGAAAGUGAUCCUAGCCAAAGAGGAUUUGUCUCCCAAUGUUGAUUGGGAUUCAAUUGCAAGUAUGACAGGGGGAUAUUCUGGAAGUGACCUUAAGAACCUAUGUGUAACCGCUGCCCAUUGCCCAAUUAGAGAGAUUUUGGAAAAGGAAAAGAAGGAGCGAGCUGCAGCACUAUCAGAAGGUAAACCCGCUCCAGCAUUGAGUGGCAGUGCUGAUAUCCGUCCUUUAAACAUGGACGACUUCAAACAUGCUCACGAACAGGUUUGUGCAAGCGUUUCAUCUGAAUCUAUAAACAUGACGGAGCUCUUACAGUGGAAUGAACUCUAUGGCGAAGGGGGUUCUAGAAGGAAGAAGGCUCUCAGUUACUUCAUGUGAAGGCUUGUCAUCUCUGUACAAAUGGUAUAUAUAUCAUCAGAUUUGAGGGGGUUUUUUUUUUGUUGUUGUUGAUGACGAUGAUGAUGAUGAAGAAGAUGAAGCCAAAUUCCUUUUCAAAUUGCAGAUAUU